AUGUCUCAUUUAUUUCUCGGAACUGGAGGGACAAUAUUUACCUAUACAAUAUUAACAAUUUAUUUAUUUGGAGAUUUAGCUGUAUAUUCUACAAUGGUUCCCAAAUCUUUAAUGAAUAUUAUUUGUUCUACUUUAAAUUCUUCUGCCUCUUUAAAUCCAAAUUUGCCUUGCCAUAAUGGACCUGAUAAUUGGCUAAAUUUAUUUAGUAGAUUUUUUGUUUAUCGAUUUUGUAUUUUAAUUUUUGUUGGAUUUUGUUUUCCAAUGAUUUUAUUGGGAAUGACUAGAACUAAAUGGUUACAAUUAUCAACUACUUUGUCUAGAUGGACUGCAUUUAUUUUAAUGAUUGUAAUGGCCACAAAUUUACUUUUGCGUGAUGGCCCAAAAGGACAUCCUCCACCAAUUAAUUUUCAUUCUUUUGGUUCUUUAUUUGGAGUUGCUGUCUAUGCAUUUAUGUGUCACCAUUCAAUACCUGGAUUAAUUUCCCCAAUAAGGGGAAUUGAAAAUAAUUUUAAUAAAAAAUUAUUUUUAAUUUAUUCUUUAAUUUAUUUGUUUUAUUGUGCUUUGUCUUUAACUGGCUCUUUUGCUUUUGAACAUGCACAAGAUAUUUACACUAUUAAUUUUUUGCACGAACAAACAGAACAUGUCAAUUUGUGUGAUUCUCUAAUUGAUUAUUUUCUGGCUUUAUUUCCAGUUUUUGUACUUACAUCUUCGUAUAUUAUUGUAGCAAUUACUUUAUGUAACAAUAUGAAAGUUUUAUUUAAAUUAUUAAUUAAUGGAAAAUUUGGAAGAAUUUUUAUUAGAAGAAAUUUAGAUAAUCAAGAAGAGGAAAUACUUACAAAUAAUAAUAUUGAAGAUAAUGAACCUUUACUUGGUGGAAAUGAAAAUAAUUUAAAUGAGGAAGAACAAAUUAAUUUUCAUUCAUCAACUUCUACAAAUUUAUUAAAUAAUUUAAAUUCUCCUCCUCAAAUAACAAUUAAAUUAUUUUUAAGAAAAUACGGAAUUCCUUUAAUUAUUCUGUUAAUUCCUUCAUUAAUUUCGAUGGCUACAGAUAAUGUUUUAUUAUUAGCUUCAAUUACUGGUACUAUUUGA